AUGGAGAUCGAGGUUAAAUAUCUGACCGGAAAGAUUGCGGGCGAGAACGGACACAACGGACCCAAUCAGGUCGAGAAGGAUGAUCACUCUCAGCAGGUCAUGUCACGUCCAGGAAUUCCUCAUGGACAGGCAAAGCAAGGUGAGCAAAAGGCAGUGGGCUUGCAGAAGGCCCAGCAUGGUCGCCAGGAAGGUGCAGCCAAUUGGGCCAACGUCGUUGCCCGUAGUCCUCCCAACAAGACUGUUGAGAAGGCGGCCUUCCCAGGAGCGGCCUCCAAUGGGAACAUUCCGGCCAUGAAGCAGCCGUCGUUGAACGGAAUUGGUCACUCCCCUUCGAUGCCCAUCGAAGGCAUCCCUGAAGAGGGCAAGGCUGGAAUCGUCCAUGUGCAUGGCAAGACAGCGGGCAACUUUGUCCGGUUCGCCUCAGCGCAUAUCCACGAAGGACCCAUUUACGAAAUCCGUGUGGACGGGCCAACGAAGGCAACUAUCAUCUUCCAACACUUGCUUCACGCACAGUUUUUUAUGGACCGCAACCAGGAUUCUAUUGCGGCGACGGGCAAGUCGUGCUUCGGCAGCGGCUACAAGUUGACCCUGGGAGAACCGUUCGAAUGGCACGUCUCCCUUGGCCGCAUGAACCAUCCACUUCGCGAACGCCGCCGCCUGACUUUUGCUAAAGCCAAGCUGUUUGGCGAAGGACUGACCCCGGAGAAGUGGGAGCGCGAAGUGGCCACUCUGGCUGGCCCAGGAAACCUUGAGUUCACCUGGAUUUUCAACAGUGGCAAUGGUACUGACACUUGCACGUCUCUUUCUCCAGCCACUGCCGUCUUCCGUAGUACCACUGUUGCACGCCGGGUGCUCGCAACUUUCCUCGCGUGGAAGACCCACCGCCAGGUCUAUUACAACCUGGAAGUGUCCUAUUCGACGGACCCGUGCGAGAAGGAAUUGGUCCUCACGACCCAGAUGAGACCGGGCAGAUACCGUGCCCCUCGAGCUUAA